AUGGAGGUCCAUGGUUCAGUGGUGUCUGGGAACACCACGUCCCUGUAAGACCCUCCAGGUUCUACCCCUGAGUAACGGUCCCCCUGCUUUCUCUCUGUGAGACUGACUGUAGCUCCUCUUGUGUCCACAGGCAGGUGAGGGAGAGGCUGAAGAAGGAUGUGGAGCAGAUGAAGACUCAGGACCCUAACUUUCGACCAGGUCUGGUUGUGUUACAGGUAAGUGCAAGAGUUUGUUUUUAGGGAUAUAGUUCAAAUCUUGAUUCUGAUUCUCCCAUGUAGCCUAUUUUCCCAUGGCCUGUUUCCCUAGACGGUCAAUUAAAAGGAUUUGUAUCAUUUGAGUGUCCUUGAGAUAGUCAUGAAUUUGUGCUGUAUGCUAAAAGGGGUACAGAAUAAAGCCUGGGGGUCAUAUCUUUCCUCAGGCAGAUUCAGAACCACUCGCUCAGAGUGGAGAGGGGAAUUUAUUCCAUUCUUAAAUGGCAGCUAGUUGAAUUAUGAAACAUUAUGUAUAUAUUAACUGACAUUGGUUAUUCACUCAUUGACUGGUUUUUAAAGCAUUAUUGGAACACAUGAAGACUACAUAUUUGCUCCAUUCUGCUAUGUACUUUUCAGGUGGGGGACAGAGAUGAUUCAAACCUCUACAUCAGCAUGAAGCUGAAGGCAGCAGCUGAGGUAAAUAACAGUACAAAGUUUGAUGUGAUCAUUUAUGUUUCAUACAUAUUCCACAUUGUUCCCUGUUCACUUCAUAAACUCUUGUUUUUCUUGUAGAUUGGAAUAAAUGCCACACACCUAAGGCUCCCAGAGACUGCCACAGAGGAUGAGGUGAGGAGGGAUCCUGAGGGGGUUGACAUCACAGCUUGCAUAGCGUCUCUUCCUGGUGGUCCCUGCAGGCUACUUUCUGUCACUCUUUGUCUCACUCAUUCCCUUUCUUUCGAUUUCUUUCCCGUCCACGCUCUUUUACACACCCGAUAUCUCUGUAGGUGCUGCACAGCAUUACGGAGGUGAAUGAGAACUCUGCUAUCCAUGGCCUCAUCGUUCAGCUGCCUCUGGACUCCAUCCACAAAAUAGAUACUGAGAAGGUGACUAACGCUGUGGCCCCAGAGAAGGAUGUAGAUGGGUAAGCACUAAGAUGUUUCAACAUGUUUGUGAUGUUCUGUGUGACCAGUUUACUGUCAUCAAAGACAGCUCUCAAAAGCCAAUCAAACUGUGAUAAACUUCUCAAAAAAAAUGUGUGCAUUUUUCUAGUGACACUCAGGCAAAUCAUGGAGCUUUCACGUCCACACAAUGAAACCACUUUGCCAUUCUCGAAGCGUUCUAGUUGCAUUUGUGUAGUGUAAACCAUGAUUAUCUUGUGUUUUAUUGGACAAUUGGCCUAAUUUGUGACUAAUCUGUGACUUGUCUUAGUGUGUUUUGGAAGCUCCAUUCAUCCCCCACUCCUCUAAAUGACUGUUGCAGGGUUCCCCAAUUUUUUUUAUAUAAAAGACUGUAAAAACACCAACAAAUCAGCUUCAAUUGAUUUUAAUUUUGGUUAUCUGUUCCAAAGUAUUCCCAUGCAUAAUAGAGAGAAUGUAUAUGUGAUCAUGCACAAAUGUAAGCAAGGUUUAGACAAAUAUUAUAUCUGUUUGGGCUUCAUGCGGUCAAUUUGCAGUCUACAAAUUAUUUUUAAUUAUGUUCCGGCCCCCUGACCAUCCGCUCAAGAACAAAUCGGCCCGCGGCUGAAUCUAUACUGAACUAAAAUAUAAACGCAACAUGUAAAGUGUUGGUCCCAUGUUUCAUGAGCUGGAAUAAAAGAUCCCAGAAAUGUUCCAUAAGCACAAAAAGCUUAUUUCUGUCAAAUGUUGUGCACAAAUUUGUUUACAUCUCUGUAAGUGAGCAUUUCUCCUUUGCCAAGAAAAUCCAUCCUCCUGACAGGUGUUGCAUAUCAAGAAGCUGAUUAAAUAGCAUGAUAAUUACACAGGUGCACCUUGUCCUGGGGACAAUAAAAGGCCACUCUAAAAUGUGCAGUUUUGUCACACAACACAAUGACACAGAUGUCUCAAGUUUUGAGGGAGCAUGCAAUUGGCAUCUUGACUGCAGGAAUGUCCACCAGGGGGGUCAAAUACUUAUUUCCCUCAUUAAAAUGAGAAUUAAUAGCUUUUGUCCAUAAGGCAGAACCAUAGCAAAUUGCCUUUGAGUUAUAUACAAAUUCCAAGCUGAAUGUGUAAAUCAGAGCUUUUUAUUGGCUGUGGGGUUUGUGGCUUUUCUUCAUCUCCAGAACACAGUGCUGAGUGCCAAGCGCUUCUUGGAGUCUCACCAGCCAGGCAAGUGGAGCAUCACCUACACCAAGCUCAUCCUGCAGAAGCCUGUGCCAAGGUUGGUCCCCUCAUCCUCUGCCCACCUUCUCCUCUGAUGUGGAAUCAAUGUAUUUCGUAGUCGUUUAGUCAUACUUUUAAUACUCCUCCGUACUGUUGCUGAAUAAUGAAACCUUCCACUAACGGAGGAGGCGCUAGUCUUGGUUCUCUACCUUCAUGGUGGAAAGCCCUAAACUUGGUCCUCAGAGACUUGCAAAACAUUUUCUGUCUGCUGUUACUGCUGAAUAAAUGAGUGUGACCUGACUGUGGCCCUCAGUGACAUCGUGAUCUCACGUUCCUGCGUACCCAAGCCCAUCGACCGGAUGGCCAGGGAGGUGGGGCUGCUGUUGGAAGAGGUGGAGCUCUAUGGGAAGACCAAGGCCAAGGUGCAGCUGGACAUCCUCAAACGCCUGCGGGCACAGCCUAAUGGGAAAUACGUGGUUGUCGCUGGGUACGUUCUGUCUGUCUGGCUGUGUCUGUCUAGAUAUUUUUUACUGGGUACAAUAACCUUUUGUUCUUGACUUGAAUCUGUUAUUUUUCUAUCAUGUUGUAGGUGUAACAUGUACUACAGUGGCCUGGUACAGAACUCUUUGAUUUAUCAAGAUUGAUGAUCUAUUAUGCUCUCUGAAACUUUUCACACCAGUGUUAAUGUUGUCUGUACCUCUAGAAUCACCCCCACCCCGCUGGGAGAGGGAAAGAGCACCACCACCAUAGGACUGGUCCAGGCUCUGGGGGCUCACAUGAAGCUCAACGUCUUCGCCUGUGUCCGCCAGCCCUCCCAAGGCCCCACCUUCGGGAUCAAAGGUGAGCACUGGCUGAUGCUGCUGUUUACUGACUGGUUGGAUCCCUUUUGUGUGAAGGUGUUAUCAAUGCUCAGUUGUUAUCGAUGCUAAAUCACUGGAAUGUUCUGUCUACAGGAGGUGCUGCUGGAGGUGGAUAUUCCCAAGUUAUUCCCAUGGAGGAGGUACUGCACUGAUUGAUCUCCCUUCUAUCCCAGACAUUAAUCAUUUAGGAAGGGUGUUUCUGCAUAAAGCUCUUUGACCAUAUAGCUUAAUUCUGAUUCCAGUUCAACCUCCACCUCACUGGCGAUAUCCACGCCAUCACAGCUGCCAACAACCUGGUGGCGGCCGCCAUCGACGCCCGCAUGUUCCAUGAAGCCACCCAAACAGACAAGGUGAACUCUCUCUGUUGUUGACCUCUGUUGUUGAGAAAGAGUGUUCUGCACAAGGUGGUAUUCCAUGUUUGAUGAAUGUGUGUGUCAGUCCAUUUCAUAUCUUUCGCACUCAUUACCUCUCCCACAGGCUUUAUAUAACCGUCUGGUCCCCCUUAGUGGAGGUCAGCGGACGUUUUCCCCCAUCCAGAUAAACAGACUAAAGGUAAAAACAUCAGAACAUCAGAACGUAUCCAUGGAUAAUACCGUUAUCAUCUUGGCUGUGCUAGUGAGAGAAUUUCUCUGCAAGUGUCUGUGUGUAUGAUCCUUAUAGAGACUGGGCAUUGAGAAGACUGACCCCACCACUCUCACUGAGGAGGAGAUCAACCGCUUCACCCGCCUGGACAUGGACCCAGACUCCAUCACCUGGCACAGAGGUACUGGAGAUACACUGUGUCUGGGGAGACACAGGCAGCUGUUAUUGUGUAUACUGCAUACUAUGAGAAAUGAUGAGAUGUAGUUUUAUGGGUCUUUGCGUUAUUUCAGUGUUGGACACCAAUGAUCGUUUCCUGAGGAAGAUCACCGUUGGCCAAUCACCGACUGAGAAGGGACACACUAGGGAGGUAUUUCUAAGUUCAUAGUGCACAUGUUUUUCUACCAUUAGUUAGUCACCUACUAAUACUGACAUGUUGACUCCUGUUCUGUCCCCCUCCCCUCCCCCAGGCCCAGUUCAGCAUCUCGGUGGCCAGUGAGAUCAUGGCUGUGCUGGCUCUCACCAACAGCCUGGAGGACAUGCGCCAGCGCCUGGCCAAGAUGGUGGUGGCCACCAGCCGCAGCGGGCAGCCCAUCACCACAGAGGACCUGGUCAGUGGCCCUAGUCUCCUUCCGCCACACGGUCAACCAACACAGACCGUCAACACAUUCAAUUGCUCUGUUUUUGACAACAUUUACUGUGGUUGUGCAAUGAUCAGUGGUUGGAUUGAGAUUUGUGAUGAGUGCUUGUUGAUUCUGGGCUUCAAAGAUUCUUCCUGCGCCUUCCCUCUGUGCAGGGUGUGAGUGGAGCCCUGACUGUGCUGAUGAGGGAUGCCAUCAAGCCCAACCUGAUGCAGACUCUGGAGGUGGGUGGGCCUCAGGGCCUCAGAGCCACGGGAGAGGGCUGAACUGUACUGGCCCGGCGACUGGAGGAGGGGGAAGCAAAGCAGCGUGGGAAAAUGGGUUUUAGAUUCUUUAAAUGUUUAGGGUAGUGUGGAUGUGAUGGUUCCUACAUUCUCCUGGAGCAGUGAUGACGCAGUCUGGAGUAGACAGAUGGUGUCUGCUUGUGGCUGUUUUUAGUUUAGUUACUAAUCCCCUAUUUUUCUUUGAGAAGUACAGAGGCAGGAUUUGGUCUAAUCGACAGAUAUUUCAAAGCCUAGAACUUGCUUAGCUAAACUUAUGUUGACUGCAGAUAAGUGAUUCUGAGUCUGUAUGGUGUUUGAUGGGGUAGACUGACUGCUGUGAGUCAGAAUGGUGACAUUGCCACAGGCUGUGUGUGUUCUGCUGCUGUAUGACUGAGAGGUGUUUCUCUCAACAGGGAACACCUGUGUUUGUCCAUGCCGGACCCUUCGCCAACAUUGCCCAUGGCAACUCCUCCAUCUUGGCUGAUAAGAUAGCCCUGAAGCUGGUCGGACAGGAGGGCUUCGUGGGUGAGUGGGGCUAAAACACACAGACUCUCCCUUGGCAAGAAACAAAACUAUGAACAACUCCUGUAAUGUGAGUGUUGGUUGUCUGUCUCAUCGAACAGUGACAGAGGCUGGGUUCGGCGCUGACAUCGGCAUGGAGAAAUUCUUCAACAUCAAAUGCCGCUACUCCGGCCUGCGGCCUCACGUGGUGGUGCUGGUGGCCACCGUCCGAGCCCUGAAGAUGCACGGAGGCGGACCAACGGUGAGUGACUGCAUAGUUUACAGGCGGUCUCCGGAAAUCGUUCUACCUCUGUCCUAAUGGUGGUGCCAAUGGGCAGCUUUCAGAAAGACUGCUUCAGAAAAAACAAUCUAAGGACAUGUUUUUACCCUCAAAGGCAAAAGAGUGGUUGCUCAGUGCAGUGAAUUAUAAUCAUCAGAUCAGCCUAGAGAAUGUUCACACGUUAUUGUCACAUAUAUAUUCUCUUAUGGAAUGUCAUAUCCCCCGUCAAUGAAUGCAGGUGCACUGCUGAGAAUGUAAUUACAUUUCCUGCUGUGUGGCGGUCACACAGGAAGACCUCAUUCAUAUUCACUCUGCUGCUGCUUUAGCUCUACCCCCACAAACACUAGUAAGUUUCAUGCCAUUGGGUAGGGAUUGAUCCCAUUAUUGCUUAUGCUAUUUUGUUAAUUUGGUGGCUUUUUGACUGGACUUUGCUGCAGGUUACUGCUGGGAUGCCCCUGCCCAAAGAAUAUGUGGAAGAGGUAAGACUACUCCCCCCCCCCCCCCCCCCAAUAAUGGCAUAUUGCCCAUCCUCUGCACUAAGUCUUGGUCGUAAGACUCAAUCAUUCAUUAGAAGACAUCAAGCGCAUGAGUGUGGUAUUUGCUCUGUGUCUUGUGACCUGGUUUAAUUCUCAUCUGAUGCUAUUAGUUGAUCUGAACUACACAGGCCCAUCCAUUAUUCAGUGAAAUUAGAUCCAGUUCACAAGCUCCUUUCAUUUACAUGGACCAGUGCCUAAUGCCUACUGGUUACAUGUGAUCAUCGAUGUGAGUAGAAAAUGGCUGCACUUAACUUGCUCUUCAAGAUAUCUCGGAGGUGUCUCUACAAAGGCAAUGUAAUGGCUAUAUAUCAACAAGACCCAUUGUGUGUUCUUGCGUAGAACCUUGAGCUGCUUGGGAAGGGCUGCAGUAACAUGAGGAAACAGGUGGAAAAUGCCACACACUUUGGAGUGCCAGUGGUGGUGGCCGUCAACGCUUUCAAGUAAGUCCUAGUCAUGAUCCGUGAGCAUCUGAAACUAUUUUACCCGUUGUCCUGUGUCUUAGUGCUUUGACCUCUGACCUUUGUGACCCUGACUGUAGGACAGACACUGAAUCAGAGCUGGACCUGAUCUGUAGCCUGGCCAAGGCAGCGGGAGCCUUCGAUGCGGUGCGCUGCUCUCACUGGGCUGAAGGGGGUGCUGGUGCCGUGGCCCUGGGACAGGCUGUGCAGAGGGCUUCUGAGGCCCCCAGCGACUUCAAGUUCCUCUAUGAUGUAGAGGUAAAGUGAGCGUUGGCCUUACUGAAAGACCUUGGUUUUCACUUUAUGACAUACAGUACCAGUCAAAGGUUUGGACACACCUACUCAUUCAAGGGUUUUUCUUUAUUUUUACUAUUUUCUACAUUGUAGAAUAAUAGUGAAGACAUCAAAACUAUGAAAUAACACAUAUGGAAUCAUGUAGUAACCAAAAAGGUGUUGAACAAAACCUCCAGGCUGUGUAAGGGCAAUUUUACCAGGAAGGAGAGUGAUUGAGUGCUGCAUCAUAUGACCUGGCCUCCACAAUCCCCCGAUCUCAACCCAAUUGAGAUGGUUUGGGAUGAGUCGGACGGCAGAGUGAAGGAAAAGCAGCCAACAAUUGCCCAGCAUAUGUGGGAACUCCUUCAAGACUGUUGAAAAGCAUUCCAGGUGAAGCUGGUUGAGAGAAUGCCAAGAGUGUGCAAAGCUGUCAUCAAGGCAAAGGGUGGCUAUUUGAAGAAUCACAUUUGUUUAACACUUUUUUUGGUUACUACAUGAUUCCAUAUGUGUUAUUUCAUAGUUUUGAUGUCUUCACUAUUAUUCUUCAAUGUAGAAAUAAAGAAAAACCCUUGAAUGAGUAGGUGUGUCCAAACUUUUGACUGGUAGUGUAGGUGCAUUGAUUUAAUCCUGCUCAGGUCGUAAGGUUUUUCUCAUCUUGACUGUUCACUGGCUGGACUCUAAUGCUAUUAUUAUUAUUAUUAUUAUUCCAUUCAUCCCAUCUCACCAUCAGUCUUGUGUCAUGUCCAUAGAUGAAAUCACUGAUUCACUUCUUAUGCUCCGAUGACUGUUUUAAUCACAGAGUAUUCAUACAUCAACCCCAUGUCACUCCAUCAGUCAAUGUGCAACUGACAGGGGAGGAGGGAUGUGCCUGUGACCCCCUGAGUCGAGGCUAGUCGAAAUGUGAAAUGGCACUAUUCUCUACUACAGUGCAUCUGUCAUAGACAGGAGCAGGACUGCUGCCGUACGCCCCUCUGAUGACUGGUGACUGGUGACUGCCCAUGCGACUGACUCAGAGCACCAGGGGAAUCACUGAGAGGAGUACAGAGGAGAGGAGCAGUGGAAUAUUGGUUGAUUCCUGAUAUAGGCUAUGCAAUGGCUACCCACUGGGCACAAACUGGUUCAAUCAACAUUGUUUCAAUGUAAUUUGUCAAUGUAUUGUGAAGUGAAAUCUAUGUGGAAAAUACAUUGAAUUUGAAAAAAGUUAUCAACGUAAACUGUUGUUUUGAGGGUGAAAUUUCAACCACAGGAUUAUGUCAUCAUGGUAACCAAAUUUCAACAUAGGAAAAACCUUGUAUAAAAUAUGUUGAAUUUGUACCUUUAAAACAACGUCAGAUCUUCAACGUUAUAUCCACUAUCAGAAAAAAAACCAAUAGGCUGGCAGCACCUCCUAUUGGAGAAUUGAUCUAUCUAUAGCUAUCCCUUUGGUCUCCCAUCCAGGGUUUUAAUCAAGCCCAGCUAUGAUAUUUGUCACUGACUGUUACCAAUGUGCUAUCGUGAGAAUGAUUGGUGAGAGAUCUCCACUUAAAAACUAAAUUGAUAAACUGUUGCUAUCGAAGACAUUCCAAAGGGAAGGAUUAACAGAGCAAAUUAAAUGUGACCAUACUUUGUCACUCAUAUCAUAAAUUAUGCUAUUUAGGCCUAUAUCGCGUUUGCAAAGUCAUCAACAGCUAAUUUUAAAUUCAAUCCAGAAUUCAACAAAAAAUAGACAAUUCGAUAGGCCUAGGGUUUCAAGCUCCGGUUGAUUUUCAAAUGUAAUGAUAUUUAAUGAUAUUGAAUUGUGAUUGGUUGUCAACACAACCAAAUAUCAACAUUUGAAGGAGAUGUAUCUUUUGCUUGGAUAGUUCUAUCUGUGCCACUGACUUAGUCUGUCUUUAAUUCCAGUUUGUUUACAAAUUAAUAAUUGUUAUGUUGGAUUCACGUCUCCAUCUCAACCAAAAAUCUAAGUUAAAGAAUAGGACUAAAUCAAAUCAAACUUUAAAUGCACCUUUAAAUAAAGUUUGAUUUGAUUUAGUCCUAUUCUUCAACUUAGAUUUUUGGCUGAGAUGGAGACGUGAAUCCAACAUAUAAAUUAUUACUUUGUAGACUAACUGAAAUUGAAGACUAAGUCAGUGGCACAGAUGGAACUAGCCAAGCACAAGAUCAAUCUCCUUCAAAUGUUGAUAUUUGGUUGCAUUGACAACCAAACACAAUUCAAUAUCACUUUUGAAAUACACUAUAUGUACAAAAGUAUGUGGACACCCCUUAAAAUUAGUGGAUUUGGCUAUUUCAGCCAUACCAUUGCUGACAGGUGUGUAAAAUCGAGCACACCGCCACGCUAUCUCCAUAGACAAACAUUGGCAGUAGAAUGGCCCGUACUGAAGAGCUCAGUGACUUUCAAUGUGGCACUGUCAUAGGAUGCCACCUAUCCAACAAGUCAGUUCGUAAAAUGUCUGCCCUGCUAGAGCUGCCCCGGUCAACUUUAAUUGCUGUUAUUGUGAAGUGGAAACAUCUAAGCGCAACAACGGCUCAGCCACGAAGUGGUAGGCCACACAAGCUCACAGAACUGGACCGCCGAGAGCUGAUGCACGUAGCAUGUAAAAAUCUUCUGUCCUCGGUUGCAACACUCAAUCCCGAGUUCCAAACUGCCUCUGGAAGCAACGUCAGCACAAGAACUGUUCGUCGAGAGCUUCAUGAAAUGGGUUUCCAUGGCCGAGCAGCCGCACACAAGCCUAAGAUAAACAUGCGCAAUGCCAAGCGUCGGUUGGAGUGGUGUAAAACUUGCCGCCAUUGUUCUCUGGAGCAGUGGAAACGUGUUCUCUGGAGUGAUGAAUCACGCUUCACAAUCUGGCAGUCCGAUGGACGAAUCUGGGUUUGGCCGAUGCCAGGAGAACGCUACCUGCCUGAAUGCAUAGUGUCAACUGUAAAGUUUGGUGGAGGAGGAAUAAUGGUCUGGGGUUGUUUUUCAUGGUUCGGGCUAGGCCCCUUAGUUCCAGUGAAGGGAAAUCUUAACGCUACAGCAUUCAAUGACAUUCUAGAUGAUUCUGUGCUUCCAACUUUGUGGCAACAGUUUGGGGAAGGCACUUUCCUGUUUCAGCAUGACGAUGCCUCCGUGGACAAAGUGAGGUCCAUACAGAAAUGGUUUGUCGAGAUCGGUGUGGAAGAAUUUGACUGGCCUGCACAGAGCCCUGACCUCAACCCUAUCGACCACUUUUGGGAUGAAUUGGAACGCCGACUGCAAGCCAGGCCUAAUCACCCAACAUCAGUGGCCGACCUCCCUAAUGCUCGUGGCUGAAUGGAAGCCCCCGCAGCAAUGUUCCAACAUCUAGUGGAAAGCCUUCCCAGAAGAGUAGAGGCUGUUAUAGCAGCAAAGGGGGACCAACUCCAUAUUAAUGCCCAUGAUUUUGGAAUGAGAUGUUCGACAAGCAGGUGUCCAUAUACUUUUGGUCAUGUAGUGUACAAUAAAUAGCCUAUUAACUUGUCAACAAAUGAUAUGCUGGAUUCACUGCUCCAACUCAACCAAAAAUGAAUGUUAAAGAAUGGGAUUAAGCCAGUGGCUCAGAUGGAACUAUCCAAGCAGUAGAUACAUAUCCUUUAAAUGUUGAUAUUUGGUUGCGUUGUCAACCAAACACAAUUCAAUAUGACUUUUACAGUAAAUAGUCUUAACAUUCAGCUAUUUAUGGUAUCUUACAAACUAAUGUAACAUUCAACCUUCAAAUGAGUAACACAUCCAUGGCCACAUUGAGGUUAAUUCAUAAUAAUAACUUCAUCAUUAUAAAGUGUGCAUGUUCAAGAUAGCAUGCAUAGGUCGUUGCAGGUCUGUGGAGAUCUUCACAAUUGCUGUUCUAAUCUGUGGAGAAUCUGGAACGGCAUUGAUUGCUUGCGCCAUGUACUUUUAAUGUAAUCUCAACUGCAAUCCAGGUAAUUUGGUUCUGCUAUUAGAUGAAGCACAGUGAUAACACUAUGUUGUAUAAAUAAACAACAUAUCUGACAUUGUAUUCCCAUUUGAACUUUAGUGUGCUUUUAAAUGGUUGAAAGCGCAGUGAUAGACAUUUGUAUGACAACUAAACCAAAAAUCGGAUUGGAAUUUGGUUGUGCUUUUAGAUGGUUGAAAGCAUAGUGAUAACACAUUGGAAAUUCAACUUACUUUUGGCUGUCUUUUUGAGAUUUACAUUGACAUUUUAGUCAUUUAGCAGAUGCUCUUAUCCAGAGCGAUUUAAAGUUAGAUGGUUGUAAUCUCAUUGAUCAACGUCUCAACCAAAUAUUACCCAAUUAUCCACGUUAAAAUGACAUGGUACUGUUGCAAAUGCGUGCACUAAAUUGAAACAUGAGUGUAGAUGGCCUGAACCAGUUCUAUGGUACUCAUAUGUCGUGCAUAUGUGUAUUUUUGUCUGUCUGAAUCACCUUUAGCUGCCCAUUGUGGAUAAGAUCCGGAUCAUUGCUCAGAAGAUCUAUGGGGCUGAUGACAUAGAGUUGCUGCCAGAUGCCCAGCUCAAGGUGGAACUCUACACCAAACAGGUACAAUAGCUAUGAGACAAAGGAUUUUAAUGGAGACGGUUAUUUGUUUACAUGAUUUCUGGAGCUCAUUCUACUCAAGGACAUGGGCCUUCUUCCUUCCAUUGUCAACCUCAUCCUUUAAGGUUCAAGAAAAAGAGACUUAAGGACAGACUUGAAAGAAAAAACAAUUCUGUAAAUAAAGACUUACAUUUCUAUUUGAGGUUAUAAUCUCCUUUCAGUGAAUGCCAUUCUUGUCUUGUUCAGGGCUUUGGGAAUCUGCCCAUCUGCAUGGCAAAGACCCAUCUGUCCCUGUCCCACGAGGCGGAUAAAAAGGGGGUGCCCACAGGGUUCGUCCUGCCCAUCAGAGACAUCCGUGCCAGUGUGGGUGCUGGGUUCCUCUACCCUCUGGUUGGCAUGGUAAGAAAGCACUGGCCUCAACAGAGAAUCAACUGAAUCAAUGGCGAGUCAAAUCCAUCUCUUGAUCAGAGGGCACAAAAAUACUGAUAUAGUAAUUUUUUUCUGCCCCAUCCUAGAUGCCCACGAUUCCAGGGCUGCCCACAAGGCCAUGUUUCUACGACAUUGACCUGGACCCUGAGACUGAGCAGGUCAACGGACUAUUCUAA